AUGGCCACGGUCGCCGGCAACUCGCCACGUCGGCCGCGCGCUGCUGCUCCGCCGGUGCCGCGCGCUGCCCAGGACGAGCCCCCGCCCCGUUUUCAUCCGCCACGGGCGAGCGCCACGCCGCCCGCCACGGCCUCGCCUUCCACGGCCGCGCCCGCGUCGCCCGCCCGGUCCGCGCCGCCCUCGCCCGAGGCCGCGCCGCCGUCCGAGGCCGCCCACACAGGCCGCGCCCGCGCCGCCCGCCCGAGCCGUUCCCCGCGCCGCCCACGCCCGCCACGGCGACCCGCGCCGCCCGCCACGCCGUCGGCCGCCGUCCGCGAGCACGGCCGAUGCGAGCCCGCGCCACCACUCGCCGCGCGUACCAGCCGCGUCGCGCGCGCACGCUCGCUCACCAGGCGGGGGCACCCCUCGCGCGCGCACGCGUGCUCACCGGCGCGGGCACCCUCGCGCGCGCACCAGCCGCGUCGCGACGCCGCCCCGUGCCGCACGCCGGAGACGGCGCAAGACGGCGCCCGUGCUCCUCCGAGCCGCCCCGCGCGCCUAGAGGGAGAGGAAGAUGGACGCGGGGGGCGACGGCUUCCUCACCACGCGAGGGCCGGGCGGCGCCGCACCUCGGGCCGCCUCGCAGGGGCUGGCCGCGCCGAUGGCGGAGGUCCCGACCACGCGGGUGCUCGCCUCGCCACGGCCGCACCUCUCCGGGCGCGCAGGGCUCGCGCGCCUCGCCAUGGCCGCUAA